UAAGUAAAUACAUAGGAAUUGGGUGGCAUGCAUGUAAAUGCCCGUCAUUAAAGAGAAGCCUAGACGAGGGUCAUAAAUCCAAAGAAAACUAAGAGCUGCAGCUUAAUAAAAUCCUCCUGACAUUUGGUGCGUUUACUCUUUGAAUUAUUUUAACCAAAUCUCAAAAGGAAAAUAGGGAUUUGAUUACCACUACACAUUUCGUUUACUCUUUGCAUAAUCCAAAGUAGCUUUUUUGAUAAGACUAGUAACUUCUUUGGUUUUUUUUUUUUUUUUUACUUUUGCUGGUCCAGACUCAAUUAAGGCUACAGCAUCUCCAUUAAAACAAAAAGAAAUACUGCCUCGUAUGUAGCAAUUAUCCUGAUAUUGUAAGAAAAUGGAUUUGACAUUAAGUGUUGUACAAAGGAUGCAGUUCAGCAUUGAUGACAUAUAAACUAUGCCAUCUUGUCUUUGUAAUAUAGAAUCAGAGUAAUAAUUCUCGACAAUCAAAGUAUGAUAAAAUUUGCAAAAGAGGCAACUUCCAUUGGACGAACCUAUUUAAAUUCAACGUCUUUUCUGCGUAGAUUUUUUUUUUCUAGUUUCAUUCUUUUUCCACUCUCGGUGUUUCUCUUAGAUUUUAUCUAUAUACCAGCGUUAAGCUGUCAUAGUACCCAUGAAUUCAGGAAUCUUCCCAAAGUGAGUGCCAUUUAAUUAAAAAAAGAUACAUGCUUUCCCACUUCCAUUGCCCACAUCCAAACACAAACAAUGCAAAAUUCAAACUUUUCUACCCUCACCUUUUUUGCUCCUUCAUCACCUUUAAUUUGACCUCAAUAUUAUACUUGCCACCAAAUGAAGUUAACAUGGACCUUCAUUUAGCUGCUAUAUAUACACCUUCCCUCCCUCCCACGUUUUGGCAAUCAGAAAGUAAAAAUGAGAUUUUCCUGCUCUAAAUCCUACGUACAAUGCUUCAAUGAUAACAGUUUCCAUUAUGGCAGUGACAUAACCUUCUCUACUGAUAUAAUGCCACCAUUGGGAGCAAGCUUAAAUCAGUAUACCAAGCUCAGGAAGUAUAUAAUUUCGCCUUAUGAUCCACGAUACAGGUAAAUCAAAGCUCCACUUCUGAAUACUAAAAUAUGAAGAAGGAAUUUGCUCAUUCUACUCUUCUGUUGUCUUCCUCUCAGAGCCUGGGAGAUGUUUCUCAUCAUAUUAGUAAUCUAUUCAACCUGGAUUUGCCCAUUUGAACUGGCUUUCUUAAGAUACUCACCAAAUUUGCUUUCUUAUGUGGAUAACAUAGUGAAUGGUUUCUUUGGAAUUGAUAUAGCUCUCACCUUCUUUGUUUCCUACCUUGAUCAUAAAUCCUGUCUUCUGGUAGAUGAUCACAAGAGAAUUACAACAAGGUAUAUAUAUUCUGAAAUAAGCAUCUUCAAAAGUAUAAUAAGUUGAUUGUAGUGACAAAUUUUAACGAAUCUGUAGGUAUAUAUCCUCGUGGUUCAUGUUCGAUUUAUGUUCUGCAAUGCCAUUUCAAACAAUCAGACAUCUUUUCACAAAACAUGGCGGUGAUAUAGGUUUCAAGGCACUCAAUAUGCUCCGGUUUUGGCGUCUACGUAGAGUAAACUCCUUAUUUGCAAGGUUAGACUCUUUCUCAACAUUUCUAAAUUAUAAAUGACAACUAAAACGAAGAAAGUGACAAAGUGCUUGCAUCUUGUCAGGCUUGAGAAAGACAUCCGUUCCAACUAUUUCUGGACCCGCUGCACCAAACUAGUUCUAGCAAGUAUUCUGUAUUUUCUUUCUUCUUUACUCGAGCAGGGUCUUACGAAAAAAUUAAAAUUACAGGUAACUCUUUUUGUAGCACACUGUGCUGGAUGUGCCAACUACUUAAUUGCUGACAGAUAUCCUGAUGCAAGAAGAACCUGGAUAGGUGUGGUAACGCCAAACUUUCGAGCACAAAGCCUGUGGGUCAGAUAUGUAACGUCAGUAUAUUGGUCAAUUACAACACUGACAACAACUGGAUAUGGUGAUUUACAUGCUGAGAACCCAAGAGAAAUGUUGUUCAGUAUUUUCUACAUGUUAUUCAACUUGGGACUGACAGCCUACCUCAUUGGAAACAUGACUAACCUUGUCGUUCAUGGGACUAGCCGUACGAGAAACUUUAGGGAUACCAUUCAGGCUGUGUCUGCAUUUGCGAAACGAAAUCAAUUACCACGGCAUUUAAAAGAUCAAAUGUUAUCACACUUAUGCUUGAGGUUUAAGACAGAAGAAUUGAAACAUCAAGAAAGCAUGAAUGGACUAUCCAAAGGAAUUCACUCAAGCAUUUCCAGAUAUCUUUUUCUUCCUAUAGUUCGAAAUGUGUAUCUUUUCAGAGGAGUUCAUCAUCAUUUCCUCAAUCAACUGGUACGGUUCUGAAACCAGAAAUUUG